AUGCCUUUAAUGCCUUGGGGGGAAACCGAAUGUUUUCUCCUUGCAUUAAUGGUCUUUGAUCGAUAUUUGGCUAUAAACAAUCCAUUGAGAUAUUCAACAAUUAUGAACAGUAAAUUUUGUUCAAAAGUAGCAGUCCUUCCAUGGCUUGGCGGUUUCAUUGUUUCUUUCUUCCCUACUUGCUUUACUAUUCUUCUGGAGUUCUGUGGCCCUAACAUGAUUGACCACUUUUUCUGUGAUCUGGCUCCACUGCAGAAUUUGGCAUGUUCCAACUCUUUUUACAGUGGCAUAGUUACAGUAUUGGCCGCAAUUAUUUCAGUUGUUUUUCCAUUUGUUACAAUUGUCACAUUAUACAUUUGCAUAAUAGUUAAUGUCCUGAAGAUUAAAAGCAAAGAUGGGAAAAAGAAAGUUUUUUCAACCUGUUCAUCUCAUCUCAUCGUGGUCUGUCUGUUCUAUGGUUCAGCAAUUAUUGUGUAUGUCAGACCUCAAGGCAGCCACUAUGAUAAAUUCCUUGCACUUAUGUACACGGUUGUCACUCCAGCACUAAACCCCUUUAUUUAUACCUUUAGAAACAGUGAGGUAAAGCAAGCUCUUAAGAAAAUAAUAAUUCAUUUCAAGCAGCUUCCUAGUUAG